UUUACAAAAAACAAUAUAUAUUAAUUAUCAUAUUUCUGAAGAUGGCUGAUGCCUUUGUGUCAUUUCCAGUUCAAAAAUUGGGUGAUUUCCUCAUACAGGAAGUUUCCCUGCUGACAAGUCUGAGAGAUGAAGUUAGAUCGCUGAGAAAUGAGCUACUCUUCAUACAGUCAUUCCUCAGAGAUGCAGAACAAAAGCAAAGUCGAGAUCAAAGAGUUCAACAAUGGGUCUUUGAGAUCAACUCUAUUGCUAAUGACGCUGUCGCUAUACUCGAGACUUAUAGCUUCGAGGCUAGUAAAGGUGACGAUGCUAGAUUUGCUAAUCGUCUCAAAGCUUGCACUUGCAUCUGCAGGAAGGAGAAAAAAUUCUACAAUGUCGCCAAGGAGAUCCAAUCACUCAAGGAUCGGAUCACGGACAUUUCUCGCAAACGAGAGACUUAUGGUAUAACAAAUAUCCAUAAUAAUGCAGGAGAGGGACCAAGUAAUCAGUCUCCAACACUGAGGAGAACUACCUCCUAUGUGGAUGACCAGGAUAACAUUUUUGUUGGACUUCAGGAUGUUGUACAAACAUUACUAGCUGAACUUCUCAAAGCAGAGCCUCGCCGAAGUGUCAUCUCCAUUUAUGGUAUGGGCGGAUUAGGAAAGACUACUCUUGCGAGAAACCUCUACACAAGUCCUAAUAUAGUCAAUAGAUUCCAUACACGUGCAUGGAUAUGUGUUUCUCAAGAGUACAACACAAUCGAUCUUCUUAGGAAUAUCAUAAAAUCCAUCCAAGGUCGCACCAAGGAAACUCUAGAUUUGUUGGAAAGGAUGACACAAGGAGAUCUAGAAAUUUACCUUCGUGAUCUUUUAAAAGAAGGCAAAUACCUUGUGGUGGUUGAUGAUGUAUGGCAGAGAGAAGCAUGGGAGAGUCUGAAAAGUGCAUUUCCAGAUAGCAAGAAUGGCAGCAGAGUUAUUAUUACCACUCGCAAAGAGGAUGUCGCUGAAAGAGCAGACGACAGAGGUUUUGUCUAUAAACUUCGUUUCCUAAGCCAAGAAGAAAGUUGGGAUCUCUUUUGUAGGAAACUACUUGAUGUUCGAGCAAUGAUUCCAGAAAUGGAAAGGUUAGCUAAAGAUAUGGUGGAAAAGUGUGGAGGCUUACCUCUUGCAAUUGCUGUAUUGAGCGAAUUACUUUCUCAUAAAAGGGGGCUAGACGAAUGGAAAAAGGUGAAAGAUCACCUUUGGAAGAACAUUAUUGAAGAUGUGGAGGUGUGGGGCACUGGUCACAGAUUUGUCGGUCAUCAAAACGUCUGGUUCAGCUAUAUCAGGCAUCCUUGAAAAGAGCAAAAAAUAAUCUAGAGACAAAUUUUAUCUCUGAAGAUAAUAUUGAUCCUAUGCAUCUGGAUGUAGCUGAUUUCUUUAAUUUUUCAGAAGACAAUAUGAAUAUUGAU